AUGCCCGUGUUUAUCAACUACUUCUCCCCGCUCUUGCAUAUACGCAGAGCAUCAACAGCAACGGCCUCCAAGUUGUGCUCCAAUUUACUGUUGCGACAGCCACGCCUUCACACCACAUCUCAAACCCCAAUCUCGCGCAUAGCUGUAUUCCCGCCUACCACCUUCCGACUCUCCUUCUCCUGCGCCGCCGUCAUGGCCUACCGCGACACGGCGCCGUACGCGCCCCAGGACCCCGAAGUGAUUAAAGAACUCGUCUACUCGUUGGAGGCGCACAAGGGCAAGACCCCGCAAGGCAGCUAUUCGGUCAAGAAGCACACGUUUGAGCUGCCCAAUGGUCGCACAGUCGACUCAUGGAAGAUUAAUGAGUGGGACUACAAGAAGGCAAAUCUGCCCACGUACGCCCGAGGCCUCUUCACAUACACAACCCUGGAUGGCAACAAGGAGAUUGCUGUCCGUGGUUACGACAAGUUCUUCAAUCAUGGCGAGGUCAAGAAGACGGAGUGGAAGAAUGUUGAGCGCAACACGAGGGGGCCGUACGAGUUGAGCGUCAAGGAGAACGGAUGCAUCAUCUUCAUUGCGGGCCUUGACGACGGCACAUUGCUGGUCUGCAGUAAACACUCGACUGGCGCCCGUGGCGAUGUCGCGCUCAGCCAUGCUUGUGCGGGCGAGAAGUGGGUAGAGCGGCACCUCAAGACAGUGGGCAGGACCAAGGAGGAUUUAGCCCGCACCCUGCGAUCCAUGAACGCGACGCUGGUUGCAGAGCUGUGCGACGAUGAGUUCGAAGAACACGUGUUGGCAUAUACCCCCGACCAGGCCGGCCUCUAUGUUCACGGCAUCAAUCUCAAUCUUCCAGAGUUCGCCACAUAUCCUGGACACCUCGUCGACAAGUUUGCAGACGAGUGGGGCAUGAAGAAGGUCCUCUACGUCAUGGAGAACGACAUAGGAAAGGUCAAGACCUUCCUCGACAAGGUAGCAGAGACGGGCAACUACAAUGGGCGCGACACAGAGGGGUUCGUUAUCCGUUGCCAGGCACGGGACCACGAGGAUGGCCCGUUUGUCGAUUGGUUCUUCAAGUACAAGUUCGAGGAGCCAUAUCUCAUGUACCGCCAGUGGCGCGAGUGCACCAAGGCCCUGAUCGCGGGGAAGCCUCCUCGAUAUAGGAAGCACGAAGCCAUCACAAAGGAUUACCUCCUCUUUGCCAGACAGAAGUUUGCCCAAAACCCCGGGCUUGCAAAGGAGUACAACAUGAACCAUGGCAUCAUAAAGCUACGGGAAGAGUUCUUGGCAUCUCGUGGCACAACGGGUGCCGACAUCAUUCGUCAGGAAUUGGAGAAGGGGCCCGUCGAGAGUAACAAGGUACGCAAUAACGUCGUCCUUGUGCCUGUUGCAACCAUUGGUUGUGGAAAGACGACACUGGCACUUGCGUUGGUGAAGCUGUUUGGAUGGGGCCACUACCAGAACGACAAUGUCAAGGCAAAGAAGGGACGUGGUCAGAUCUUCGCCGACACAAUCUCUUCGUUACUCGUCACAAACCCAGUGGUCAUUGCGGACCGCAACAACCAUCAAAAGCGCGAGCGAGAUCAGAUCAUGGCUGACAUCUCACGUACCGUUCCUGAUGCCCGUUACGUUGCACUUCACUACGUUCACGACCGAUCAAACUACAACAGGAUCCGCGAUGCUACCCGAAAACGCGUGCUUGAUCGUGGUGACAAUCAUCAAACCAUCCAAGCAGGCUCGAAGAACCCGAACGAGAUCAUUGAAAUCAUGGAGGGCUUCAUGCACCGCUUCCAACCCGUUGAUCCUUCUGAAGCUCCUGACGACAUGUUCGACCUCGUCAUCAAUCUUGACCCCACACUCGAUUCUCGUGAUAAUCUAGAAACAAUCAUCGGUCAAAUGUUUGAGAAGUAUCCCGCGCUGUUUGAAGGCAUCAAUAUGCCGACAAACACUGAGAUGGACGGGGCCAUUGAGUGGGCAAUGAACGACUACAGACCAGACUUCAAGAUGGAUCUUUCCAAGAACUUCAAUAACGGCAAAGGCGCGAAUACAAACGACAGGCAAGCCAAACAAAAUUUGCAGCGAAACAACGGCCAAAAUGGCAACGCUGGAGGUAAACAGCAAGAAGUGAAGUCAAAAAAGGCACCUCGUAUGGAGUACUUUUCUGUUGGCCUCAAUACCACACGUAUCAAUUCCAUCCUUGAUGCCCUCUUCGCAGACAAGGAUGCCGCAACUGCCAAAAUGUACAAUCAUUUGAAGCAAAGCCGUCGAAUCCAGACUGAAUUCCACGUCACGCUCAUCCACCGCGCAAAUGCCGCCCAGCACCAAGCCUACUGGGACAAACUUUCCAAACUGCACGCUAUUGCACAAGCCUCAACCGCUGAAACCGGGUCUUCGGAGCCCGAGCUGGGAAAAUGCGAUGUCCAGCUCGAACGCGUAGUCUGGGACGACCGCAUCAUGUGUUUUGUCGUCCGGCUCCACGGGUCAAAGACGCUGCAGACCGAAGCCCAAGGCAACGAUGCAUCGGCGACACCAACGACGGAGGAAUUGGUCUUCACAUCAUCGAAUGAUGUGGCGCAUAUUACGGUUGGUACGGCAAAUCAGCAGAUCAAGCCGUUUGAGAGUAAUGCGUUGUUGCAGCGCUGGCUUCGCGAUGGUAGUGGGGUGCACACUGGCAUUGGCGAGUUGAGCGUCAAGGGGAAUGUUGUGUUGGAGGGGAAUGUGAAGGGCGUUUUGGCGAAGUUUUAG